AUGUCUUCGUGUUUCCCUUACGUGGAACCGGUUUUCCAAAACCUCGAGCAUUACUACCAAUGGCGUAGAACUGGGGACUAUUUCUACGAACUCGAUCCCAAAGAACCGGAACCCGAUGUCAAAGAAACACGACACGAGUUGACUCAGUCCGAGGUCGAGUUGCGCAAAUCCCGUCCUGGCAUCCCUAUCAAAAUCCCCCUUGAGAUCGCACGAAUGAUCAGGAAAUUCAUCCCUGAUUUGGAGAUCCAAGACCUCCUCAACUUACGUCUCCUCAGCUCCUCCUUUUGUGUUGCAGCCACGGAAAUUCUCCACGAACAGAUCUUCUUCUUGGAUCGCUCAAGGGAGAAGCAGAACGAGCUUUGGGGGGCAAUCAAUGGUGAGGACGAGGAGGCCGAAAGGAAGAUAAGGGCACUCGUCGUCGAGUAUCCCAAUAUCCCGGGUGGAUGGGAAAAAUCAACCGCUCUUGAAAUGAACAAUAUCAACUCCAUGUACCAACUAAUGAGGGAACAUGUCAUUUAUCUGACGUGUCUCAAGCGACUGACCAUCCAUAUUCGGCCUCCCAAAGGCCUGGGACGCGGACGCUGCACGUGGGAGCAGCAUGAGAAGCAUAUUGAUCUCGUGCUGGAAGAGGUCUUUCAUUUCCUGAAGGCCCUGCCAAACUUGGAGUCUUUAACAUUCAAGACUUUGCCUUCUUUUGCAAGCUUGCCCGGCGAUGACAUCGUAGCGGAAGAGCCAGAAAGGGCGAUCAUUUGGCCGGCGGACCCAGAGCCGCCCGCAGAUUAUGAUCCGGAAAGAGAUUGCCUUCCAAAGUCCGUUGCACAUCUUCCGAGAACCCGUGUGAAGUGCCCUCUGAUUGCAGGAGUGGAUUCCGAUGAAGCUUUUGCAAGGUGGCGUGCUGGCGAUUAUAUCCAUGAUCGCUACUCAAAACGGGAACUCAAGAGACACGGUCUCAAAAAGCUCAAGCUGGAGCUUGUUGGCUCGGGCGUUUGGCCGAUCAAAUACGAGGAAACACCUGUGGUUCCUCGUUUUGAAUACCCUCCUCCCUACAUUCCUUCAAUCGGCAGCGAGGUUCUGGAGUCUCCGACGCACUGGAUUGUGCCAUUGCAGGACACGCUGAGGGAAUUGUCGAUCCAUUGCUAUGGGCUGUAUAUGUAUGACAUGACAUACAAACCAGGACCGUCCCGGCACGAGAAAGGUCUCAAUCUACCUUUCCUGCCUAAUCUGAAGAGCUUAGAAUUACGCGGCAACAUCUUCACUUGCGAUGAGUCUUUCAACUGGAUCCUCUUGCAUGCCAAAACGCUCGGGUCGAUCAAGUUAGACGACUGCGCUAUUCUAUAUAGCCGUCAAAUAACAGAUUAUGAGACAUCGGAAGACAAGGCCGUCUUGUUCUUGCAUGAGGAGGGCGGCGAAUUGAGUCGACCCCAUACGAAAUCAACCAUUCUCGAUGGGCCCACUGGUUUGAGAAAUUCGGGUCGAAUCUUCCUUGUUUACGCUCCUUCGCGUUUGGCAGCAGUCGAGUCCGUAAAUGGGGCGAAUUUCAUCUCAACUUUCGGUCAGAAAUGGAAGGACCUCCCGCGGACGAAUGGCCGGAGUUUUUGCAUGGUGUGUUCCCUGAUCGGUAUUUCGCCAUGA